ACUCGAUCAAAAGAUCCAGUAAAAGACAAAGCUAUGUUAAAGCAGUUAUAUGAAAGUGGGUAUCUUUGUACUACUCCAGAAAAUCAUAAAAUUAUCGCAGAUCAAUUUUGUAAUGUAUUUCAAGAUGCCUUAGAUAUUAAUAUUCGUGGAAUUGAUGAAAAGAGGAGAAUAUUGUCAAUUAUUGCUGAUAAACUUCUCUAUCCUAUGAUAAAAAAAAAUUUGCUAGUCUCAAAUUAUUUAAUUACUAAAGCACAUCAAUAUGCUCGUGUUAAUAGUCCGGGAGGUAUCCAAUUAGAAAGACCUAAAGUUACUUUAGAAAAGUUAACCCCAGAAAAAAAAGAACAACUUGA